AUGCGAUCUUCUUUGGGGGAAGCGGAUCAGGUAAGCGAUGAAGAAACCAUUUCCUUUGAUGAAGGCGUGUGGCUCACGAGUCACGAUGCUCUUCCUAAUCCAAUGAGGAGGAGGAGGACUAGCUUGUCGUGUAGAUCUAGAGCUAGGAGAGCUGAAGAUAAUAACACUUUAGAUCUCAAUAACUUACCUGAUGAUCCUUCUAGAGACUUCUUCCCAUUCUUUGAAGAAGGCUCCUCUUCCUCCUCUUCUUCUGGGUUUAGAGAGAAGCAUGGCAAAGACGGGAAAGAGUAUGAAUGUAGAUUUUGUUCACUCAAGUUCUUCAAAUCUCAAGCUCUCGGUGGUCACAUGAAUCGCCACCGUCAAGAGAGGGAGACGGAGUCACUAAACAAAGCUCGUCAACUUGUUCUUCGCAACGAUACCUUUCCUCCUCAUCAAGGACCUCCAUCAUAUAGUUACCAUCAAGGAGAUGUGCAUAUGGGAGACCUAAUAACACCACCAUUUAAACCAAUGAUGUAUCCACCAAGAUUAUUCUCCAUCUCUGCCUCUUCCUCCGCCGUUCCACUGCCGCCGCCACCACUUGUGCAACCAUAUCUUUAUCCACCACCUUCUUCUCCACGGCCCUCACCGUUUCCUCACCGUCACACCAACGACUACUAUUUGGCCAAUAAUGUUACACAUCACCAAACCCUAACCAAUAGCGUCUGCGGUGGUCGUGCACCGCCUGACCCGAGUUACACCUUCAUCGGUGCACCGGUGGUGAAUGGCUCUAGAGUUAUUCCUCCUUUUCCUCAGCCUCUACCCCCAUAUCAUGGCUACAAUUAA